UUAAAGCUUAGGUAGAGGCGUUAGCUCUCCCUCUAAAAUACUGGCGGACUGCCCCUAGUGUCUACCUGAUUGAGACACUACGAUUAUCUCUCCCUCUCGGACAAGUUCAAUCGCCGGCACCUAGGCGAGAUAAUAUCGUGAAAGAUAUCUGAUAACAAGCAACCUUCCUAUCAUGCUUCUUGGUGAGAACUCCAUUCUGGAAACCCACUACAAUGUUUUAUCUGUGAAAGAAGAUGCAAGCUAUGAAGCAAUUCGAACAAGCUACCGAUCUGCCAUCUUAAACUCCCAUCCUGAUAAGUUACAGAAGACAUCUGAGACAUCCAAGCCUGACCAUGAGUCAAGGGAAAGAUUUUUGAAGGUACAGAGAGCUUGGGAAGUCCUCAGCAAUUUGAGCUCACGGGCAGUUUAUGAUAGCGAGUUGAGAGCUCUGAGACAGGAUGCUGUAACUGCAGAUGAUGUCAGUUUGGAUGAUAUGAUGGUUGAAGAUGUUGGAGAAGCCUUGGAGCUCUUUUACCAGUGCCGAUGUGGUGACUACUUCUCUGUUGAUUCUGUGGAGUUGGAAAAUUUGGGGUACGUAUUGUUGAGAGACAGGAAUAAGAUUUUUUUGCAGACACCAGAUGCUUCACCUGCAUCGGUGGUUCUUCCUUGUGGGUCUUGUUCUUUGAAAGUUCGGCUAUUGAUUAAUUCGGAUAUUUGUGUUUCAAUUGAUGAUCGAAUAUGAUUAUUGAUUUCACUGGUCUUUGUGCUUAGUUUGACU